GGAGCCGCGUCCAGUGCCUUCCGAUCCCGCGGCUCUGCACAGCGGUGGCCCCCAGCGAGGCUGGCCUGGCAUGGGAGCGGCGAAGGUGCAGGAGCCAGGGACUGAGCAGCUGGCCGCUGGAGCGCUCUGAGAUCUCCGCCAUCGCCUCCCCCAGCGGUUACCUGCCCUGCCAGGUUGGGCGAUGCGGAGUGGGGCGGGGGCUGCUUGCCGAAACCCCUGAUGGAUGGUUAGCUCUGUUUACCUUCACUCCCUGCUCCUCUUUCAUCUGCGGACUCCUCUGGCUGGAGCGCUGCUAAACUCCUCGCCUGCUGGUGCCGGUCAGAUAACACUGGGAAACCUGAAAGGCUGAAAGGCACCACGGAACAUAACCCUCCCCCCAGAUCUCCCUGGAAGAUUGGGUGGUGCUCCAAGGACUCCAGGAGUGCGAGCGGAGAUGCGGGGAGAAGUGGGCUCUCUCGGGCUGUGUUGAGAGCCCCUCGCAGCCCUUUGCACUCUCUGUCGCUGGGGUUUUCCACCUCUGAGGACUGGCUGCCCUUGCAUCCUUUUGCACCCUUUGGGGAAGGGAUACGGAGACCAUGUUGCUCGGUGGGAGUCGUGCAUCCCUGUGGCUGGGAGUGAUCCUGAGCUUCUGGAGCUCCGUAGCUUGGAUGCCUGUUGGAGGAUGCCCCAAUAAAUGUACCUGCUCUGCCUCCAACGUGGAUUGUCAUGGACUGGGACUGAAAACCGUGCCACGGGGUAUUCCCAGGAAUGCAGAGAGACUGGACUUAGACAGAAAUAAUAUCUCAAGAAUCACCAAGAUGGACUUUGCUGGGCUGAAGAAUCUCCGUGUCUUGCAUUUGGAAGAAAAUCACAUCAGUAUGAUAGAGCGUGGAGCAUUUCAGGAUCUAAAGCAACUCGAACGGCUGCGUCUGAACAAGAAUAAAUUACAGGUUUUACCCGAGCUGCUUUUCCAGAACACGCUGAAGUUAACCAGAUUAGAUCUAAGUGAAAACCAAAUUCAAGGAAUCCCAAGGAAGGCCUUUCGAGGAAUUACUGAUGUGAAGAACCUGCAACUGGACAACAACCAGAUCAGCUGCAUUGAAGAUGGAGCCUUCAGAGCCCUGCGUGACUUGGAGAUUCUUACUCUCAACAAUAACAACAUCACCCGCAUCCCUCUUACCAGUUUCAACCAUAUGCCAAAGAUCAGGACUCUGCGGCUUCACUCCAAUUACCUGUAUUGUGACUGCCACCUGGCUUGGCUGUCUGACUGGCUGCGUCAGAGACGCUCGAUUGGGCAGUUCACAUUCUGCAUGGCACCCGUGCACCUACGGGGUUUUAAUGUGGCGGAUGUUCAGAAAAAGGAAUACGUCUGCUCUGGUUCCCACUCUGAACCUCCAUCCUGCAAUGCUAAUUCCAUCACUUGCCCAUCCGCUUGCACAUGCAGCAACAACAUUGUGGACUGUCGAGGCAAGGGCUUAACAGAAAUUCCAUCUAACCUACCAGAGGGCAUUGUGGAAAUACGCUUGGAACAGAAUUCCAUCAAAACAGUUCCCCCUGGAGCUUUUUCCCAGUACAAGAAACUUAAGAGAAUAGACAUCAGCAAGAAUCAAAUAUCUGACAUUGCUCCUGACGCAUUCCAUGGCUUGAAAUCUCUCACCUCGUUAGUGCUCUAUGGAAAUAAGAUCACUGAGAUUCCCAAAGGCCUUUUCGAUGGACUUGUCUCUCUGCAGUUGCUGCUUCUCAAUGCCAAUAAGAUCAACUGCCUCAGGGUAAACACGUUUCAAGAUCUUCAUAAUCUCAACCUGCUAUCUCUUUAUGACAACAAACUGCAGACCAUCAGCAAGGGGCUCUUUGCACCUCUCCAAUCGAUCCAGACUCUACAUUUAGCUCAGAAUCCAUUUGUGUGUGACUGCCAUUUGAAGUGGCUGGCUGAUUACCUGCAGGAUAAUCCGAUAGAAACCAGCGGCGCUCGAUGCAGCAGUCCACGUCGCCUUGCCAACAAACGAAUCAGCCAGAUCAAGAGCAAGAAGUUCCGCUGCUCAGGUUCAGAGGAUUACAGAAGUAAGUUCACCGGGGAGUGCUUCAUGGACCUUGUCUGUCCUGAAAAGUGUCGCUGCGAAGGAACAAUUGUAGACUGUUCCAAUCAAAAACUCACCCGCUUACCGAGUCACCUUCCUGAAUAUGCUACCGAUCUCCGUCUAAAUGACAAUGAUAUCUCAGUUCUAGAAGCUACUGGAGUCUUCAAGAAACUGCCCAGCCUAAGGAAAAUAAACCUGAAUAACAAUAAGAUCAAGGAGAUCCGAGAAGGUGCCUUUGAUGGGGCAACAGGAGUGCAGGAACUGAUGCUAACGGGGAAUCAGCUGGAAUCGGUGCAAGGGCGAAUGUUUAGAGGCCUCACAGGACUCAAGACAAUGAUGCUGAGGAGCAACUUGAUCAGCUGUGUGAACAAUGACACCUUCACAGGACUAAGCUCAGUAAGGUUGCUCUCUCUGUACGACAACCGCAUCACCACCAUCACUCCUGGAGCUUUCAAUACACUUGUCUCUUUGUCCACGAUUAAUUUGCUGUCUAAUCCCUUUAAUUGUAAUUGCCACCUGGCAUGGCUGGGGAAAUGGCUGAGAAAAAGGAGAAUUGUCAGUGGAAAUCCACGUUGCCAGAAACCCUCUUUCUUAAAGGAGAUUCCAAUUCAAGAUGUGGCCAUACAGGACUUCACCUGUGAUGGUAAUGAUGAAAGCAGCUGUCUGCUCUCUCCUCGUUGUCCUGAUCAAUGUACUUGUGUGGACUCAGUAGUGCGCUGCAGUAACAAAGGGCUGCGCAUCCUGCCCAAAGGCAUUCCCAAGGAUGUGACUGAGCUAUAUCUGGAAGGAAACCAUUUAACAGCUGUGCCAAAGGAGCUGUUGACCUUCAGACACCUGACACUUAUUGACUUGAGCAACAACAGCAUCAGCAUAUUGGCCAAUUACACCUUCAUCAACAUGACUCAGCUAUCAACACUGAUCCUGAGCUACAACAGACUCAGGUGUAUUCCAACACAUGCAUUUAAUGGACUCAAGUCUCUUCGAGUGCUGACUCUUCAUGGUAAUGAUAUUUCCAGUGUUCCCGAAGGUUCUUUUAAUGACCUUGUGUCCCUUUCACAUCUGGCUCUGGGUACCAACCCCUUGAACUGUGACUGCAGUCUGCGCUGGCUUUCGGAAUGGGUGAAGGCAGGGUACAAAGAGCCAGGGAUUGCACGCUGCAGUGGGCCAGAGGACAUGGCAGACAGACUGCUUCUCACAACACCAACCCAUCGCUUCCAGUGCAAAGGACCGGUAGAUAUCAGCAUUGUGUCCAAGUGUAAUCCUUGCCUUUCCAGUCCAUGUAAGAACAAUGGGACAUGCAACAAUGAUCCAGUGGAGUUCUAUCGAUGCACUUGUCCAUUCGGUUUCAAGGGUCGAGACUGCAAUAUGCCCAUUAAUGCCUGCAUUCAGAAUCCAUGCCAGAAUGGAGGGACCUGCCAUCUCACUGAGGCAAAUAAAGACGGAUUCAGCUGUUCUUGCCCUCUAGGGUAUGAGGGGGAGAGAUGUGAAAUAAACCCAGAUGACUGUGAAGAUAAUGAUUGUGAGAAUAACUCCACGUGCAUGGAUGGAAUCAACAACUAUGUCUGUCUCUGCCCUCCUAAUUACACAGGUGAGCUAUGUGAUGAGGUGAUCAACCACUGUGUUCCCGAGCUAAAUCCAUGCAAACAUGAGUCCAAAUGUAUCUCCCUAGACAGAGGAUUCAGAUGCGAGUGCCUACCUGGCUACAGUGACAAACACUGUGAAACUGACGACGAUGAUUGUGCGAGCCACAAAUGUCGCCAUGGUGCAGUUUGCGUAGAUGCAGUCAAUGGCUACACCUGUGUCUGCCCCCAAGGGUUCAGCGGACUCUUCUGUGAAAAUCCCCCACCAAUGGUUCUGCUACAGACCAGCCCUUGUGACCACUAUGAAUGCCAGAAUGGGGCUCAGUGCAUUGUAGUACACCAUGAACCAGUCUGCCGCUGCCUGGCUGGCUUCGCUGGCCAAAAGUGCGAGAAACUUAUCACCGUCAACUUUGUUGGGAAGGAUUCCUAUGUUGAGCUGCCAUCGGCCAAAAUCCGUCCUCAGGCAAACAUCUCCCUCCAGGUAGCAACAGAUAAAGACAAUGGCAUCUUAUUGUACAAAGGGGACAAUGACCCUUUGGCUUUGGAGUUGUACCAAGGACAUGUGAGGCUCAUCUACGACACACUGACCUCUCCACCCACCACAGUGUACAGUGUGGAAACAAUAAAUGAUGGGCAGUUUCACAGUGUGGAGUUGGUUAUGCUGAACCAAACACUGAACUUGGUUGUGGAUAAAGGAACCCCCAAGAGUCUUGGCAAACUGCAGAAACAACCCACAGUCAGCAUCAACACCCCGCUCUACAUUGGAGGGAUCCCAACAUCUACUGGGCUAUCUUCAUUGCGCCAAGGCACAGAUAGGAUGUCAAACGGCUUUCAUGGAUGUAUCCAUGAUGUCCGCAUUAAUAACGAGCUGCAGGACUUUAAGGAUCUACCCCAGCAGUCAUUAGGAGUCCUUCCUGGCUGCAAAUCCUGUAACAUCUGCAAGCAUGGCAUCUGCCGGUCCAUAGAGAAGACAAGCGUUAUCUGUGAGUGUCACCCAGGCUGGACAGGCCCACUGUGUGACCAGGAAAUUGGAGACCCCUGCCUUAGUAACAAGUGUAUCCAUGGUAAAUGCACGGCUGCCAACUUUGCUUACACAUGUAAGUGCUCAGAGGGUUAUAUGGGCCUGUACUGCGACAAGAAGAAUGACUCCUCAAACCCCUGCAGAAUUAUGAAAUGCAACCAUGGGCAGUGUAAAAUUUCAGAACAUGGGGAGCCAUACUGCGAAUGUGACCCUAACUAUAGCGGAGAACAUUGCGACAAAGAGAAUCUUUGCCAAGGGGAGAUUGUCCGAGAAGUGAUCCAUAAGCAGCAUGGCUACAGCUCAUGUGUCACUGCCUCCAAAGUUCCCCAGAUGGAAUGUCGUGGCAGUUGCAGUAAUGGGCAGUGUUGCGUUCCCCUCCGGAGCAAAAGGCGGAAAUACAUCUUUCAGUGUGUGGAUGGAUCCUCCUUCAUGGAAGAACUGGAGAGGCAUGUGGAAUGCGGCUGCUCAAAAUGCUUAUAAGCCAUUCUCCAGUCUCUUGCCACUUUAAUCGACUCAGAAAUGCUCUCAAAAUGGGACUAUUUACUUUCAGCGUGAAGAAGAAGAAAAGAAUAUUAAGUAUAUUGUAAAAUAAACAAAAAAUAGAACUUAUUUUUAUUAUGGAAAGUGAAUAUUUUCAUCUUUUAUUAUAUAAAGUAUCACACCAUUUCGGGUAUAUGUAUCAUAUAGUGAGUUAUUUUUACCAUAAAACUUUUUUAACAGUUGUUAAAAAAAUUAAAAAUGUUUUUAAAAAAUAAAGAAAUCCUAACAAAAGGAGAAAUGGGGUAAGUUUAUAAGCAUGCACGAUGGCCAAAUGUGAAGAUAUUUCAAGGACCUGCCACAAAACGAUAGAUACAGACUGAAAAAAAUAUUCUCCGAGGUUCUGAUGGGUACAACGGGAAAGCACAUUCUCACAUCUGACAGCCAUCUCUUCUAUCUGUGCACCCUGAAAAAAUCUCCCUCUCGAUUCUUACCCUUGCCUAAUAAUGCUAGUUUGUGUUUGGUUCCUGUACAGUGGCUCAGCUUGAUACUCUUGAACCAGUUCCCCAAAAAGUGCAUCGGUCUGGCAGUAGCCCAAGUCUGACAUUGACUCCAUUACUCAAGUACUAUAAUAGUAGAAUGCAUUUUUGUUUUGUAUUUUGUAUUUUUAUCUGUCUUCCCAGUAUAUUCUUGAGUGACUGUAUCGCUAUAGAACGGACAACUCUAUCCAAAAGGAAGUGGGGGAGAGAAUGUGGUAAACACAGUUUGGGAUGUUUUUGUCCAAAAAGGCAAAAAUAAGUGCUAAGUGACUCCAAUUAAGCAACAUACUAACUACUACUUACCCUUCCUGUGUUAUUUCCCAGGUUUAUGCCUCACUGCUCUCAGCCUUGAGUUCUUUUUUGUAUAUUAAAUGUGGGGAAUACACUACAAUGAAGUUUGGCAAACCUAGACACUGCAGCUUUCAAAGUUCAUGUAUAAAUCCAUUUUAAAAGAGAGUGAAAAUAUCCCAAGAACCAGAAUUUACCUUGCUGAUAUAUUGUACUUUAUUCCCACUUUCAUUUAUUUCAGCCAAAAUUUUACUCCAUGCCACAGUUGCCUAUUAAUACACACUCUAUGGUACAUGGCCAACAUGCUACUUCUCCACCUGCUACUUCUCAAAUUAGUGUAAGUUGCACUAUACGCAUGUGGAAUUCCUAUAGGUCUGCUGUCUGUCCCACCUUAACAGAGAUUUCAUCUGUUCUUAAGGAGACUCUUGAUAUCUCCAUAUAGUUUUGCUCUCGCUUUCCACUAUAUAGAUUGACUGAUCCAUGCUAAAAACGUUUUCACCUGCACUAUUGUAUAUUCUGCACUUGUUCCUCCCACAGGACUCCCAUUGACUUUAAUAGGAGCCGUGUGUGCAGAAUAAAUUCUGAAUAUGCAGCAGAGAUGCAUGUAGAUGACAAAUUCUCAGUGUGAAUCUGAGAGGUGAUUUUUACCCUUAGGGUGUUGGGGGGUUUGCCAGGGUUUAGGGUGACCAGACAGCAAGUGUGAAAAAUCGGUACAGGGGGUGAGGGGUAAUAGGAGCCUAUAUAAGAAAAAGACCCAAAUAUCGGGACCGUCCCUAUUAAAUCGGGACAUCUGGUCACCCUACCAGGGUUACCUGUUAGGGACAUUGAUUACAUAACACAAGCCUUGAAGUGCUCUAUUACCAUGAAUUUCAAACCUCCCUGUCAAUUACUGUUCCAUUGUUUCCUUAAGUAAUUUCUCUCUUUCUCCCUGCAAGGAUACUGAGUAUAGUGGUCCUUUCUUCAAUGAGUAUGUUUGUGAGAAACAGCUAAGUCAGAGCUUACGCCUUGCAGUUUUGGCCUGCUCCAAUGCCCAUUGAAGUCAAUGGAAAGGAUCUGGCCCUUUAAGAGCAGGGGCAGAAAGAGAGCUCAUCAGUUAAA